AUGUUCGCCUUCUUUGCCUUUCCCUUCUCCUCGUCCUUACCCCCUUACCCCACUCACACCGAUACCCCCGUGUCUCCGUCACCUCCUCCUAUCGGGCAACUUACUCCAAAACCAGCCAUCAUGUCGCAAACAACGAAAGAUCUGACCGAGGCUCGAUCGCGCAUGACGUUCGACCCCACCAUCUUGAACAAGGUCCUGAAUGAGGGGUCGAGGGAUUCUGAGAUGAGGGCGCGCGUCGCAAAGAUCGUCAGUGAAGACCUUGCUUUUGACAAGUCGAAAAAGUGAUCACCUUUCCUCACGGGAACGCUGUUGUGAAAGGAAUGAUAUUGACCGAUCCUCCCGUGCCUCGAUCGCCAGGGCGUACAUGUCGCGAUCUCAGCGCCUCGAACGAGGCUUGGCUGUCACGCGAAGGUUGAUGGACCUCGUCGACGAACACGAUCUCGAUUACAUGGAAUACAUCGAGGCCCUCGCUUGCGUCGAUGAACCUAUCGGCAUCUACCUCCACGAAGUCGGUGAGUUUCUAUCCCGGGCUGAAAAACUGCUCGAAAUGAGAAAUCCCUUAGCUGAUUGCUUUCCGUCCCGUUCUAGCUUUCCAACCCGUUAUUGCGGCGCAAUGCUCGGAUGAACAACAAGCCAUCUGGUUGCCCAAGUGCUACAACCACGAGGUACGUCUCAUCUCACCCAAGCGAAGCUUUCCCUUCGAAUCGGACAUUCACGAAGCUCACCUCUUUCCUUCAUAUCCAUCUCGUGCAGAUCAUUGGUUGCUACCUCCAAACCGAACUAGGCCAUGGCUCCAACGUCCAACAACUCGAAACGACCGCGACCUACGACCCUAAAACCCAAGAAUUUAUCCUCAACUCCCCCACCAUCUCCUCCACAAAAUGGUGGAUCGGUGCCCUCGGUCUCUUGGCGACCCAUGGUGUCGUUCAAGCAAGGCUGUUCAUCAAUGGCGAGAACUAUGGGCCUCAUUUGUUCUUGACCCAGUUGAGGUCGUUGGAGGAUCACUCGUUGAUGCCGGGCAUUCAGGCGGGGGAGAUCGGCCCCAAAGUUCAUCAGGGAAUGGCCGCCGUCGAUAAUGGAUGUGAGUAUUCUCUCCAUCGCAUCUCUUCAAGUGCAGAGGGUCAUCAUCGUACUGACUCUGGGAUGCAUAUAUAACCUCUAGGGGCUCGCUUCGACCACGUCCGCAUCCCUCGUGACCAGAUGCUGAACCGAUUCGCCAAGGUCUCGCCCGAGGGCGAGUACUCGAAGCCGCCGCACGACAAGCUCUCUUACGGCGGUAUGAUCUUCAUCCGAGCCCAAAUGAUCGGCAACCUCGCCUGGAAGCUCGCCAAAGCCGUGACCAUCUCGACGCGUUACCUCCACACCCGACGCCAAUUCGCCGAUCCCGAACUCAAAAGAGGCGAACCCGGCUUCGGCAUCGAACGUCAAGUCAUCACCUACCCCGGUGUGUAUAUGCGUAUCCUGCCUCAACUUGCUCGAUCGAUCGUCUUCAUUACCGCUGGAAAGGACAUGUCCAACUUGUACUCUUCGAUGGCGGCCCAACUCGCCGAAGGGGACACGACCUUGCUCGCUGAAACGCAUGCCGUCUCGUCGGGGCUCAAAACCUACGUUUCGGCGGGUACGGUCGAUGGCAUUGAAAUCGUUCGUCGUGCGAUGGGUGGUCAUGGCUUCCUCGACGCCUCGGGUGUGGGAAGGAUUUACGCUUCCGAACUCCCUUCGGUCACAUACGAAGGCGACAACUUUAUCCUUCAUCUCCAAGUCGCCCGAGCAGCACUCAAGACUUACGGAGCGUACAGGGAGAACCCGUCCGGAACCAAGCUCUCUCCUUCCUCCGCUUACUUUUCCGCCUUGGGAGGCAAGCGUCAACCUUCUCUUCCGAUCCAAGGGACCUCGGCGUCGUGGCAAUCCUUUGAGACCCAAUUGCAAGUCAUCUCUCUCCGCGCGGCCCUCCAAGUCGAUCGUCUCGAACGUCUUCUCCGAACAGGCAAGAAGUUCGGUGACCUCUCGCACGAAUGCAUCGAAGUAUCCAAAGCCGUCGUCGAAGCCUUCCUCGUCCGACGCAUGAUCGAAGCCGUGACCAACUCAUCCGAAGGUCUUCUGAACCAAGGUGCCGGACCGAACGAGAAGAAAGUCCUCGCCAAAGUCGUCCACUUUUUCAACCUACACACGAUCGAACAAGCUCUCCCCUCCCUGUUGGAAUUCGGUAUCCUGGCCCCCGCACCACCCCUCUCAGCGACCUUGGACUCCCCCGUCGAAGCCCUUCGAGCAUUGGUCAACUCGCACGCCCAGGCCCUCCUUCCCGAAGCAGUCGGCCUCGUCGACGCCUUCAAUUUCUCCGAUUGGGAACUCGACUCCACCGCAGGUCGAUACGACGGAAAGGCGUAUGAGGUGAUGUUGGAAAGAGCCAAGAAUGACUUGGAUGCGAACGUCGGUAAUGAGGAGGAGAGGAAGAGGAUGUACAGGGAACACGUCAAGCCCAUCUUGGAGAGGGGGAAGAGGUUGAGCAGGAUGUAG